AUGUGUUUAUUCUUAUUUCGUCAUACGAUUUUGUCCUUGUAUAUUUUUGUUGAUGCCUCGGGCAUCUCUCCUUUCUCUCUCUCUCUCUCUCUCUCUCUCUGUCCCUCUCUAAAGCUCCCUCCCUCCCUCUCCUUCUCUUUCACUCAUUUUUACUUUCUCAUUUUGCUUAGCUUUCACUUCGUUUCUCUUUGUUGGUUUUUCUUUAUCUCUCAUACUAAAUUUUCUCUCUCUUUCUCUUUCUCUCUCUCUCUCUCACUCUACUCUUUAUCAUUAUUUUUCUUCUCUCUUACCAUUUAUUACUCCCUUCAUCCUCUCUCUCUUUCACCUUUUCUAACUUUCACCUUCUCUCUUUUUCACUCUCUCUCUCUGUCUCACUCUCUCACCCCCUCUCUCUCUCUCUCUCUCUGCCUCACUCUCUCACCCCCCUCUCUCUCUCUCUCUGAUCUUUAUUAUCUUUUAUUCUCUGUUUUCUUUUCUUUAAACUCCUCUUUCAUUUUAUGCGCUGCAUUUGUGUCAGGCGUCUAUUCAAGACGCCUUGUUGCUUUCUUUCUUUUUUUCUUUCUUUCUUUCUUUCUUUCUUUCUUUCUUUCUUUCAAUACUGUCUUUUUUCGUUGUUCUUUUUCUUUUGACUCUUUUGUGCCUUUCUUUAAUCUUUCAUUUAUUUGCAUUUUUCCUUUACACUUAUUUUUUAAAACUUCAUCUUUUGAAAUAAUUAUUUUUAUCUUAGGUCUUUCUUGCUUUCUUUCUUUUUCUUUCUUUCUUUCUUUCUUUCUUUCUUUCUCCUUUUUCAAUAUUGUUUCUUCUUUUCAUCUUUCUUUUACGUUUGAUUCUUUUGUGCCCUUCUUUAAUCAUGCAUUUUUUUCUUUUCAUUUAUUCUGUAAUACUUCAUCUUUUCAAAUAGAUAUUUUUAUCGUGACCCUUUCUUUCUUUCUUUCUUUCUUUCUUUCUUUCUUUCUUUCUCCUUUUUCAAUAUUGUUUCUUCGCUUCAUCUUUCUUUUACGUUUGAAUAUUUUUUUUUUAUCGUGGGCCUUUCUUUCUUUCUUUCUUUUAGUCUUUCUUUCGUUCUUUCUCCUUUUUCAGUAUUGUUUUUUUCUCUUCAUCUUUGACUCCUUUGGGCUUUUCUUUUUUUCUUCUUUUUCUUUUGUCACUUUCUUUAUUUUUUUAUUGUUCAUCUCUUUUGUUUUUCUUUCUUUUCUUUCUUUCUUUCUUUCUUUCGCUUGCAUUAUUUUGUUGGCUUUCUUUAAUAUUUUUCACAUCAUCUAUUUAUUAUAUUACAUUUUUCGAUACUUCUUUCUUUCUUUCUUUCUUUCUUUCUUUCUUUCUCCUAUGUCGAUCAUUGUGUAUUUUUCUCUCAACUUCCAUCCCUUGAACUUUGAUACCUACAUUUCAUAUAUUAUUUUGUUUUUCUAUGUAAAAUCCGUAACGUUAUCUUUUUGCUUCUUCGUUUCCAACCCAUUUUCUCCCUUUUAUCGGAAUUACUCUUUCCACAAUUCACCUGUGGUGUUUUUCGUCUUUUUAUCCUCUCUCACUUUGUCUACAUCUUUCCCUCCCUACUCUUUCUCUCUCUCUCUCUCUCUCUCUCUGGACGUCUGUUCGUUUCAGGACAACCAGACAACUUACAAUAUUAUUACAACAUGA